AUGGCUACCACCUCGCACAUGUUCAUGUACUCCCUGACGAUCCAGCCUCCGACUGCGAUCACCCAGGCCAUCCUGGGUCAGUUUGCUGGGACCAAGGAGCAGCAGAUCGUCACUGCAUCCGGUUCCAAGCUUACCAUCCACCGUCCGGACCCGACUCAGGGAAAGGUCGUGCCGAUCUUUUCGCAGAAUGUCUUCGGCAUCAUCCGCUCACUGGCAGCGUUCAGACUGGCUGGAAGCAAUAAAGAUUACAUUAUCAUCGGCUCGGACUCGGGUCGCAUCACCAUCAUCGAGUAUGUCCCCUCGCAGAACCGUUUCAACCGGAUCCAUCUGGAAACAUUUGGCAAGUCUGGUGUUCGAAGGGUAGUUCCAGGGCAAUAUCUCGCCGUGGACCCCAAGGGACGUGCGUGCUUGAUUGCGUCGGUGGAAAAGAACAAGCUGGUCUAUGUUUUGAACCGCAACUCCCAGGCGGAGCUCACCAUUUCGUCCCCCCUCGAGGCGCACAAGGCACAAACCAUUGUGUUUGCAAUGAUAUCUCUGGAUGUGGGCUACGAGAACCCUGUCUUCGCUGCGUUGGAAGUGGAUUAUUCCGAAGCGGACCAAGAUUCCACUGGUCAGGCAUACGCAGAAAUUGAGAAAGUCUUGGUGUACUAUGAGCUUGACCUCGGUCUCAACCACGUUGUCCGCAAAUGGUCUGAGCCUGUCGACCGCACCGCGAACAUGUUGUUCCAGGUCCCUGGAGGUGCGGACGGCCCCAGCGGUGUACUGGUAUGUGCCGAGGACAGCGUCACAUAUCGCCACUCUAAUCAGGAUGCGUUCCGUGUGCCUAUCCCACGUCGGAGUGGACCGACUGAGAACCCCGAACGGAAGCGGACUAUCGUUUCUGGCGUGAUGCACAAGAUGCGAGGUGCAUUCUUCUUCCUUCUCCAAACAGAUGACGGUGACAUGUUCAAGCUCACGCUUGAUAUGGUGGAAGAUGACAAUGGUCAAUUGACGGGCGAGGUCCAGAGACUUAAGAUCAAAUAUUUCGAUACCGUCCCAGUCGCAUCAAAUCUUCUGAUUCUCAAGAGCGGUUUCCUUUAUGUCGCCAGCGAAUCGGGCAACCACCACUUCUACCAAUUUGAGAAGCUUGGUGAUGAUGAUGUGGAACUUGAAUUCUCAAGCGAUGACUACUCUGCCGACCCAUCUGUCCCAUACGACCCGAUUUUCUUCCGCCCCCGGGCCGCAGAGAAUCUCAAUCUCAUGGAAACCUUGGGUUCCCUCAAUCCAUUGAUUGACAGCAAAGUUGCCAAUCUCACUGAGGAUGACGCCCCACAAAUCUACUCAGUUUGCGGCACUGGUGCUCGCAGUACUUUCCGAACCCUUAAGCACGGAUUAGAAGUUUCUGAGAUUGUGGAAUCGGAGCUCCGAACGGUGCCCUCCGCCGUCUGGACGACUAAGUUGACACGACACGAUGAGUACGAUGCGUACAUUGUUCUCUCAUUUGCCAAUGGUACUCUGGUCUUGGGAAUUGGCGAGAUCGUGGAGGAGGUCAGCGAUACUGGUUUCCUCUCCACAGCACCUACGCUAGCUGUGCAACAACUGGGCGAGGAUUCUUUGAUUCAAGUGCAUCCUCGUGGUAUUCGCCACCUACUUUCAGACCGUCGAGUCAACGAGUGGCCCGCGCCGCAACAUCGUUCAAUCGUGGCUGCGGCUACGAACGAGCGCCAGGUAGCAGUGGCUCUCAGCUCUGGCGAGAUCGUGUACUUCGAAAUGGAUAACGAUGGUACGCUGGCUGAAUAUGACGAGAGACGUCAAAUGUCUGGCACCGUCACUUCCCUAAGCCUGGGCCAGGUUCCUGAUGGCCGAGUCCGCAGCUCUUUCCUGGCUGUCGGCUGUGAUGACUCAACUGUCCGCAUCCUCAGUCUGGACCCAGACUCCACUCUGGAAAACAAGUCCGUCCAAGCCCUGACGUCUGCUCCCUCGUCACUGAGUAUCAUGGCCAUGGCCGAUUCAAGCUCUGGUGGAACCACACUUUAUCUGCACAUUGGUCUUUACUCCGGUGUUUACCUUCGUACCGUUCUGGAUGAAGUCACUGGCGAGCUGUCGGAUACUCGGACACGCUUCUUGGGCGCAAAGCCCGUCAAACUGUCACAGGUCUCUGUCAAGGGCCAAACCGCCGUCCUGGCUCUUAGCUCCCGCUCAUGGCUUGGAUAUUCCGAUACCCAAACCAGGGGCUUUAUGCUCACGCCGCUGGACUAUGUUCCUCUCGAGUGGGGUUGGAACUUCUCCAGUGAGCAGUGUGUCGAGGGUAUGAUCGGUAUCCAAGGCCGCAACCUCAGGAUUUUCUCCAUCGAGAAACUCGACAACAACAUGCUUCAGGAAUCUAUUCCUCUUGCUUACACACCGCGUCGCUUUGUUCAACACCCGGAGCAACCGCUGUUCUACGUCAUCGAAUCGGAUAACAACGUCCUGUCUCCUGCUACUCGGGAGAGUCUCAUUCAAGAUUCGAAGACUCAAACCAAUGGCGAGUUUGCGGUCUUGCCACCAGAAGAAUUUGGAUAUCCUCGCGGUACUGGUCAUUGGGCCUCAUGUAUCCAAAUUGUGGACCCGGUCUCUUCAAAGUCGGUGGUGUUUACUCUCGAUCUCGAAGAGAACGAAGCAGCAGUCAGCGUUGCUGCUGUGCCAUUCGCGAGUCAAGACGGCGAGACCUUCUUGGUUGUUGGAACUGCCAAGGAUAUGGUUGCCCUGCCCCCAUCCUCCGCUGGCGGCUUUAUUCACAUCUACCGAUUCCAGGAGGAUGGCCGCGAGCUGGAAUUUAUCCACAAGACCAAGGUCGAGGAGCCACCUCUUGCUCUGCUUGCCUUCCAGGGUAAGGUUCUUGCUGGCGUUGGCUCAAUUCUUCGUCUGUACGACCUCGGCAUGAAGCAGCUUCUCCGCAAGUGCCAGGCCCCGGUCGUCCCCAAGACCAUUGUGGGCCUGCAGACGCAAGGCAGCCGAAUCGUGGUGAGCGAUGUCCGCGAGAGUGUUACUUAUGUCGUCUACAAGUACCAGGAGAAUAUCCUUAUUCCCUUCGUCGACGACUCCAUCUCUCGGUGGACAACCUCGACAGCCAUGGUCGAUUAUGAAACCGUCGCCGGUGGUGACAAGUUUGGUAACCUGUGGUUGAUGCGAUGCCCGACCAAGGUUUCGGAAGAGGCCGACGAGGAUGGAUCCGGUGCCCAUCUUGUUCACGAGCGAGGCUACCUGCAGGGAACUCCCCACCGUCUCGAGCUGAUGGUCCACUACUACACGCAAGAUGUCCCCACCAGCAUUCACAAAGCCCAGCUGGUGGCUGGUGGGCGUGACAUUGUUGUAUGGACCGGCUUCCAGGGCACGAUCGGCAUGUUCGUGCCGUUCGUCAGCCGCGAGGACGUUGACUUCUUCCAAAGCCUGGAAAUGCAGCUUGCCGUGCAGCAGCCUCCUCUGGCAGGACGAGACCACCUGAUCUACCGCGGCUAUUAUGCACCCUCCAAGGGGGUCAUUGACGGCGACCUCUGCGAGAUGUAUUUCCUACUGCCCAACGAUACGAAAAUGAUGAUUGCGGGGGAGCUGGAUCGCUCCGUGCGCGAAAUCGAGCGCAAGAUUUCGGAUAUGCGAACUCGGGUGGCGUACUAA